UUUGUACUAAGCCCGACGGCCUGAGCGAGAACAGGAAGUGCUGGUCCUACAAGCUCAGUUAGCCAGCUAGUUUUAGUCAGGUAGGUUAGCUUGGCGUUGAACUCGCUAGUAACAAUGGGGCUGUUCGGUAGAACAUCAGAGAAACCACCCAAGGAGCUGGUCGUUGAGUGGCAAAGAAAAAUCAGGACGGAAAUGAGAGUGAUUGACAGACAGAUCCGAGAUAUUAAAAGGGAAGAAGAAAAAGUGAAAAGAUCCAUAAAAGAUGCAGCCAAGAGGGGCCAGAAGGAUGUGUGUGUGGUCCUCGCAAAGGAGAUGAUUCAGUCAAAACGAGCUGUGACAAAACUGUACGCCUCCAAAGCCCAAAUGAACUCUGUGGUCCUCAGCAUGAAGAAUCAGCUUGCUCUACUACGUGUAGCUGGGUCCCUGCAGAAGAGCACGGAGGUGAUGAAAGCGAUGCAGAGCCUUAUUAAAAUCCCAGAGAUCCAGGCCACCAUGAGGGACCUAUCGAAGGAGAUGAUGAAGGCUGGCAUUAUUGAGGAAAUGCUGGAAGACACAUUUGAGAGCAUGGAAGAUGAAGAGGAGAUGGAGGAAGCAGCAGAGGAGGAAGUUGACAAGAUCCUCUUUGAGAUCACAGCAGGUGCUCUUGGCAAAGCUCCAAGCAAAGUCACAGAUGCCCUGCCGGAAAUCAGCCCCGCUGCAGCCGCUGCUGUUUCAGAUGAAGAGUCAGAGGAGGACAUAGAAGCGAUGCAGUCAAGAUUGGAAGCUCUGAGGAGCUAAGGUGAACUGCCAGUGAUCUGUCAGAGUCAGUCUGCUCACUCCAAAAAGGACAGAGACAAUUCUGGUGCUGGGUUUACAGUGCUGAGCAUCCUCUCCGCUUCAUAUAAUAAUUAUUAUUUCACAUAAUCGUUUGGGGUUAACUUUGUGCAAUGACAGUUCAUGUCUUUUAUUUUUUUUUAUAGAACAUUUGAUUUACUCAGCCAGAAGAAAAAGUGUUACUGCUUUUUGUCUUCAUUAUCAGGGGUAACCCUCGGUAAGUCUUUAUUAUCCAAAGUCAAACAGAAGGUUUAAGAACGUGUAUAUAAUGUAAGUAUGAAAAGCCUGCUGUGCCUACAGUGCUUCACCAUAUUCUUCUGUCCUAAGUUAUGGACAAGGGGUGGAAGUACUUGGGUAUUUAUGAUCCAAACAAGCGAUUAAAUAACCACCCUGCACUUAAAUCACAACUUAGAUCACUAUUCAGCAGUUGCUCUAAUCUGUUAUUCAGCUGUGUUGUUUACUGGUAACUAGCCGACAUUAUCUGGAACACUAGAGAUGGUGGGUGGUUUGCUUCUUUUUGAUAGUUAAUUUUCUGUACAGUCCAAAUGUAACUAUUCUAUAUGUGGUCAUACAUGUUAAAUACACUCAUCAGAAAAAUACACGCAUACUACCCUAACCCAUUUUUUGCAUUAACAUUCAGCUCAUUAAGUGUUUGACUUUGUAACCUGAUUGAGUUCCUUCUCAGGAGGACAAUGCAGAGGAAAUGGAAAGGCUGGUUAGUGCAGAACCUAUGUAUUGUGGAAGUAUUGUGUGUAUAAUUUUUCUAUGUGAAUGGGGAAAAAAUAUGGAAAUAAACUUUGAAGAACGAAGGCAGCCAAUAA